UACUAUACAUAAAUCCACAGCCUAUGAUUUUGGCUUUUUACAGUUAUGGUGUAUGAUGAAUAGAGACUUUGUGCCUGUACUGGCUUCCCUAGGGAGGCCAUGCUGCCCUAAUAUCAAAGUUAACCUUAUAAAAUCAAAAGGGUAAGAGCUCAGACCGCACAGCGGAGGAACCCGAGUUUUAACCCAUCUUUGGUCCUUACAAAGCGUGUGCCUUUGGGAAAAAUCACAUCAUCUGACUCGGCUUUCACCUCUGAAAGAGGAAGCAGCGCGUUACGUAACACCUCCAGCUGAUGAUCAGGCACUGGCGGAGCUCAAACGGCGAAACCCCCGCAGCAGCCGCAGACAGGAAGGGGCGGAGCCACGCCGCCGCCCGCCGCCCGCGCGGUAGGGGAGGAGCGGCGGAGGCGCGGCGGAGGCGCAGGUGCGAGCGGGCGGCCGCUCUGCCCCGGGUUUCUCAGGUCCCGGCCGUGGCUCCGGAGUCUGCAGCGACCCUCGGCUCCAGCUGCUGAGUGGACGCUGACAGCAAGCCUAUGGCUCCUGCAGCGGCGCCGCCCUCCAUGGCCGUCAGGGCCGCGAGCUCGGCAGCGGUGACCUCUUCGUACGGGGUCUUUUGCAAGGGGCUCUCCCGCACUCUGCUCGCCUUCUUCGAGCUGGCCUGGCAGCUGCGCAUGAACUUUCCGUACUUCUACGUCGCAGGCUCGGUGAUCCUCAACAUCCGCUUGCAGGUACACAUUUAGAACCAUGACUGAACUGCCGGCCUCCUCGCUCCAGCAUGAUGGCCGACUCCCAGGGGACCUUGCGGUCUCGCGGAGUCGCGGGUGACUACCCUGCAGUCUCGCGAGAGAAGACGGCUCUGCGCCUGCGCACUGCGUUCCGGGACGUUUUUCCCUGAUGGUGAUGCGAAGUCUCAGAUCCUGCAGGGAUUAGAAAGAGGGAAGACAUGCUCAUGAAACGCAGAACUUAAGAUCCAUGAAGAUAUUUAAGAAGUUGUGAAUCCUUAAACCCCAGGCCAAUUUUAGGAUAUGACAAAAGGGACAGGAUGCAUUAUUUUUUUUUAAGUAUUUUUUUUUCAGAAAAAAAUUGAAUGUAACAAACUCACUGUUAGUUAAGAAAUCAGCAAACUUCCGGACUGUUGGAUUGGAUUGCAGGCAAGACAUUGAAGAGGCCGAUGGUGUUCAGGAUGUGAUGUGAAAGGAAUGUGUUUCUUCAAGAAGAAACAUUGAAACUUUUGGCUAAAACAAAACUGUACAGGAAAACAUCCAGCAAAUACUAUACAUGAAAAGGUGCAGAAUUUUGAACAAAAUGGUGGGAAUGGGAGAAAAUGGAGUAGUAUUUCAUUGUUCCUGUGUGGAGCACGUGUGUUAAGACCUUGCAGCCAAAGAAAAGGAAAUCCAGUCAUAGCACCAAGCGUGGCUAUUCCGUGAAUAACAUUUAACUCAUCAUCGUGCAAAUGCUGUGUAUGGUUUUCAUCUUUUAAGGGAACACUUAAUUAUGUAAAGUGUGAAUGUUACCAACCUUGAUGUAAAAUUACAAUUGACAAAUGGGAGUAUUGAAGGAGGAAGGGAGGGAAAGGUAAAUGGAAUGGUUAUGGUGUCCUUAUAAAGUAGGAAGCUGAGAUUUACAAUCCGUUGUGAAGAGGAAAGGACAUUUGGUACUUACGAGAUAGCCAUAAAAUUUCUAAAAUAAUAGUGUAACUUAGAGAGGAUGAGGAAAUAACAGCAUGAAGUCAACAGGAAAUGGCUAAAAAUGUAGGAUUCAGGUGUAAUAUCUGUAAAAGAAAAAUAGGACCUAGUGUAUGUGAAUAUAUCCCAGAGAUUUUUCAGAGUCGGAAAUAAUAAUUGCAGAUUUUUCAAAAGUACGAAAACAAAACUGAGGUAAUCAUAAACCCUAAGAAAAAUAAAAAGGUCAAAAACUAAACUGCAUAUCUCAAGUGUAAAUAAUACUGGUCAUAUAGUCACUCAUAAAUUAUGUAAAUACUGAAUAAUGGUUUAACAAGAAAUGAUUAUAUAACAUUGGGAAAAUGGAGAUUUAUGUAUAAUAGUCAAAAGUCAGUUAAGAUCUAAUAUAGAAGGCUGGAGUGUAACAGUGUAGAGCACACAGCCCUGGAUUUGAUCUUCAGUACUGCAA